UGCAGCCAAAACAGUCCCAUUCGACAGAAGACCUCUUUGAAGAAAGAGGUUAAGCUCAACAACUUCCAUUUCCCUUCUGUUCUUUGUUUUUUUGUCAGGUUGAACUGGCAAAAAUGGCAAAUACUUUCUUUCUGGUGGCAUCUCUGCUGGUUUUGGGAAAUGUUUUCUUUAUCCAUGCCUCAUUUCCUCCCAGUGUCAUUGUAGACUUGGUAACAAUCAUCUUGGACAAUUACUGCUCACCAGAGAAGCUGCUGGGGAUGAAGGAGGCAAUCGAAGCAGCCAGAAGCAACACGGAAAUUCUCAAUGUCCCAGAUCCCGAAAUUCUGGCCAAUGCCCUCAGCACUGGGGUUCAGAGCACAGUCAGUGACCUACGCCUGAAAGUCUCCUAUGAGCCAAACUACGUUCCUGCAGUUCCCCCAAAGUUCCCUCCCCUGCCCCCUGAGCAGCUCAUCGCGGUCAUCCAGAACUCCAUGAAGCUUGAUAUCCUGGAGGGCAACAUUGGCUAUCUAAGGAUUGAUCACAUCCUUGGAGAAGAGGCAGCUGAAAAGGUUGGCCCUUUGCUUCUAGACCUUGUCUGGAGUAAAAUUCUGCCUACAUCGGCUCUGAUCUUUGACUUGCGUUACACUGGCAGUGGAGAGAUCACUGGGAUCCCCUACAUCGUGUCUUACUUCACUGAAGCUGAGCCUGUGAUUCACAUUGACAGCAUUUAUGACCGUCCCUCAAACACCACCACUCAGUUGUUUUCCAUGUCGCAUCUCCUGGGGCAGAGAUAUGGUGUGACCAAAACCCUCAUUGUCCUCACCAGCAAAAACACCAAGGGCAUUGCCGAAGAUGUUGCCUAUUGUCUUCAGAAUCUGCAAAGGGCCACAGUUGUGGGUGAGAAGACAGCUGGAGGUUCAGUGAAAAUCAGUAAAUUCAAAGUAGGCGAUAGUGAUUUCUAUGUUACCGUACCUACUGCUAAAUCUAUCAACCCCAUCACUGGCUCAACCUGGGAGGUCCAAGGUGUCACCCCAGAUGUGGAGGUAAAUGCUGAGGAUGCCCUCGCUACCGCUAUCAAGAUCAUCAACCUCCGUGCCCAUGUUCCAGCUAUCAUCGAGGGAUCGGCAGCCCUGAUUGCCGACAACUAUGCCUUUGAAAAUGUCGGCGCAGAUGUUGCAGCAAAGCUCAAAGAGCACCUGGCAAAUGGCAAGUACAGCAUGGUUGUCUCCAAGGAGAAUCUGAAAUCAAAGUUGUCUGCUGACCUGCAGACCCUUUCUGGGGACAAGUCCCUUAAGACCACCAGCAACACCCCAGCCCUACCACCUAUGGAUUAUACUCCAGAAAUGUACAUUGAGCUGAUUAAAGUCUCCUUCCAAACUGAUGUCUUUGAAAACAACAUCGGCUACCUGCGUUUUGACAUGUUUGGAGACUUUGAGGAGGUGAAGCCCAUUGCCCAGGUUAUUGUUGAGCAUGUCUGGAACAAAGUUGUCAACACUGAUGCUUUGAUCAUUGACCUCAGGAACAAUCUCGGUGGCCCAACAACAGCUAUCGCAGGCUUCUGCUCUUACUUCUUUGAUGCUGACAAGCAGAUCGUGCUGGACAAGCUGUACGACAGAUCAUCUGGUACUGUCACAGAGCUCCAAACUCUGCCUGAGCUCACCGGCAUGCGUUAUGGCUCCAAGAAAAGCUUAAUCAUCCUGACCAGCAGAGCUACUGCUGGUGCUGCAGAAGAGUUUGUUUACAUAAUGAAGAAGCUGGGCCGAGCCAUGAUCGUUGGCGAGACCACAGCCGGGGCGUCCCACCCACCCAAGACCUUCCAGGUUGGCGAGACCAGUAUCUUCCUCAGCAUCCCCACUGUCCACUCUGACACUUCUGCAGGGCCAGCGUGGGAGGGAGCUGGCAUUGCACCUCACAUUCCCGUCCCAGCCGAUGCGUCCCUCGAGACCGCCAAAGGCAUCUUCAACAAGCACCUUGCAGGUCAAACAGCAUCCUAAACAAAGCCAUGGGAGGGGGGAUGACACGCAAUCGCCACUUUGCUUUGACCGCCAAAUAGUGUUAAGACUCUAGACUUGUUUGAGAAGUGAACAGUGUAGGUAAAAACUAUAGACUGUUGUUUAUACCUAAGCCCUUUUAGUCUCUUCUUCAUGUAGAGCAAAGGUUAAAAAGGACAAAUGUAGUUUUUAUUUCUGUCAAAUGAGUGUGAUUGCUGAAGCUUUUGAGAAUGAAUGGCUCUGAAAAGCAGAUGCAGUUCUUUUGUGAAGUGUUUAUCAUGCCUUUGAUAAGUUGUUACUCUGGCAAGGAAAUCAUCGCGUGUGAUGUCCUCAUGCAAAAUGCACCGUUUGUCCAUUACACAGUGAACUUCAUGCCAUGUGGAUGUUCCUGGGUUGUAUCAGUUCCAGUGGUGAGACACAAUAAAAAAAACAACUGAAAUAUA